CUUGACUUUGGCUCGCCUCCGGGCCUCUAGGAGGAACAAGGGAUCCCGGCCAGGUUCCCAGCGUGGACUCAAGAGGAAGCGCUCGCUCGGUUUCUUUUUUUUCCCCCUUUCGCACUCCUCACCACUAAAACACACAACACCGGACGGGACGGGAGUGAAAGUACGAGAGUCUCCCCCGCUCGUCUUUGACGAGUAACUGUUACAUGGGGACACGCCAUGACGUCCACAACGAGCGAAAGGCGGGCGUUUGCUCACAAAAUCAACCGGACCGUCGCUGCAGAGGUUCGGAAGCAAAUGUCCCGAGAGUACGGCUCUCCCCUAAUGUCCAAAAAGAGAGGAGCCCUGUACCAUCCCCUACCCCUCACAGAGGUAGUGGAGCCAGUGGAUUUUGAGGAAUAUGUUAGUAGUCAUGCUCCUGGGGUGGAGCCCGAUUCCCUUAGGCAGCUCAUGGAGUUCCCCCAGGACGACCUGGAGCUCCACCACAUGGACAAAGAGUGUACCACGCUGGAGCCUCCGCUGCCUGAGGAGGAAUACGCACUGGAUCCCAGAGUGAGAGAUGCCUUGGCUGUCUACACAGAUGACUGGCUUGUCAUUCAGAGAAAAUAUCAGUGCCAUAGCACCAUACACAGGCCGCACAGCUCCGAGCGACAGCGGGAGCGGCAGCGAGGCCUGCUCAAACAGAACUUUGAACUGGAUGAGGCCACCGACGAACGCCAAGACGACCAGGAUGAUGCAAAGCGGCGGUCCACCUCCAUCGAUGAGACACCACGGGGAAGCUGGGCGUCCAGUAUCUUUGACCUAAAGAACUCGGCCCCUGACAUGCUCCUGCCAUCCGUGCUAGAGCGCACAGGGCCUGAAGAUAUGGACUGCCACAAUACAGAGGCUCGCCUCCAGGGACGCCAUAGUGACCUGAUGGGUCUGUACCCGCCCCCUGACGAGGACGAAGCGGUGGAGCGAUGCUCUGUCCCCGAAGUGCCCAAAGAACACUGCGGCCAGAGAAUCAUGGUCAAGUGUCUCUCUCUCAAAUUUGAGAUUGAAAUCGAACCAAUAUUUGGAUCGCUCGCCCUGUAUGAUGUCAAGGAGAAAAAAAAGAUUUCAGAAAAUUUUUACUUCGACCUGAACUCUGACCAGAUGAAAAGCCUGCUCAAGCCCCACACGCCUCACAUCGCCAUUUCCACACUGGCACGCUCGGCCAUUUUUUCCAUCACAUACCCGUCCGCCGAUAUCUUCUUGGUCAUUAAGCUGGAAAAAGUGCUUCAGCAAGGAGACAUCGGAGAGUGCUGUGAACCGUACAUGGUCAUGAAGGAAUCCGACUCUUCUAAGCAUAAGGAGAAGCUGGAGAAACUGCGUCUGCAGGCAGAGCAGUCUUGCAAUCGUCUUGGCUGCUUCCGCAUGCCUUUCGCGUGGACGGCCAUUCACCUUAUCAACAUCGUCAGUAGCGUGGGAAGCCUGGACCGCUCGGACCCCGACUCCGACUCUGAGCGCAAAGGCCACGGCACGUGGAACGAGAAGAAGAAGAGGGGAUUUGAGCGGAUGAGCGUCGGCGACGACAUGUGUAACUUUGCCACAUUCCGUCCAGCAACACUGACCGUCACCAACUUCUUCAAGCAGGAAGGGGACAGACUAAGUGACGAAGAUUUAUACAAGUUUCUGGCAGACAUGCGGAGACCGUCCUCUGUCCUGCGGCGACUAAGGCCUGUGACAGCUCAGUUGAAAAUCGACAUCUCACCGGCGCCAGACUCCCCACAUUACUGCCUGUCACCCGAACUGCUCCACGUAAAGCCCUACCCGGACCUGCGGGUUCGUCCCACCAAAGAAGUGCUGGAAUUUCCUGCUCGCUAUGUAUAUACACCGAAUACCUCCUAUAGGAACCUGCUUUACGUUUACCCGCAGAGUGUGAACUUCGGCAGCCGCCAGGGCUCGGUGAGAAAUAUCGCCGUGAAAGUUCAGUUCAUGGCGGCAGAGGACCCCAGCCAAGCUUUGCCGGUCAUCUUUGGGAAGUCCAGUUGUGCAGAGUUCACGAAAGAGGCAUUCACCCCCAUCAUCUACCACAACAAGUCUCCUGAGUUCUACGAGGAGAUGAAGCUGAAAAUUCCCGCCAACCUCACAGACAACCACCAUCUUCUCUUUACCUUCUACCACAUCAGCUGCCAAACCAAACAGAACACUCCUCUGGAGACCCCCGUGGGCUACACUUGGAUCCCUCUAAUGCAGCAUGGCCGACUACGCACGGGCUCCUUCAGUUUGCCCGUCUCUGUAGAGAAGCCCCCGCCCAGCUACUCGGUGCUCACCCCCGACGUUCAGCUGCCAGGCAUGAAGUGGGUGGAUAAUCACAAAGGCGUGUUCAACGUGGAGGUGACAGCGACGUCCUCAGUGCACACACAGGACCCCUACCUGGACAAGUUCUUUACUUUAGUGUACGUGCUGGAAGAGUACUCCUUCCCUUUCCGCCUGAAAGACGUGAUCAUUACCGAGGCCAACAUGGAAGGCGAGCUGAAGGCCAGCAUGGCCGCGCUGAAGGGGGCACUGCUGGAGACCUGCGUCAGGUUCCUACACCAGCUGCUCAACAAACUCAUUCAGCUCAUCGUUUACCCUCCGGUCAUCGCUGGUCAAAUUGUAAAUCUUGGCCGUGCUGCCUUCGAAGCCAUGGCUCUUUUGGUCAACCAGAUCCACAAAAAUCUGGAGGGCAACCAGGACCAGCAUGGGCGCAACAACCUGCUGGCGUCCUACAUCCAUUACUGCUUCCGACUGCCAACUGCUGAGCCGGCAAUGCCGCCGCCAACUGGCACGCUCCCCUAUGAGAUGCCGUUACAGUACGCCACCUUCUCCAGAGCGACGGGCCGUCCGACCAGCCUGAACUUGGCUCGCUCUAAAAGUAUCAGCAACUCUGACCCCGACUUGGCCAGCACUCCGGUUUCUCCUGAUGAAGAAGUGCAAAGGAUCAUCGGCAGCAAGGGCAUUGAUCGCUCCCACUCCUGGGUAAACUCUGCUUGUGCCCCCGGGGGCUCCAGAUCUGUGCUACGCCGGAACCCCAACUCCAGCUGUGAGCUCAAGCAGACAAACGACCGCAGCAACAAUCGCAUGUCUGCCUUUUUGGACAGCGUGGCCUCAUAUUCAGUCCCCGCGAGGCAGAUUACAAAAAAGCUGCUCCACGAAGAGCUGGCUCUGCAGUGGGUGGUCAGCACUAGCAAUGUGCGGGAAGCGGCGCUGCAACAGGCCUGGUUCUUCUUCCAGCUCAUGGUCAAAAGCAUGGCACAACACUUGUUCCUCACCUCAAAAUUAGACGUUGCUCGACGUCAGCGCUUUCCGGACCGCUUUGUGGACGACAUUGCUGCGCUUGUUUGUGCCAUCAGUGCAGACAUUGCCAGUAGAUACCACAAGGAUGUGGAGCUGGUGGAGAGGUUAAAUAGCAGUCUGGCCUUCUUCCUCAAUGAUCUGCUGUCUCUCAUGGACAGAGGCUUCGUGUUCAACCUUGUCCGCUCCUACUACAAACAGAUUGGCAACAAGUUCCACAUGACUCCGAACCCAAGCUCUCUGAACGCUCUGCGGAUGGACUUCAUACGGAUUGUUUGCAGUCAUGAGCACUAUGUCGUCCUCAACCUGCCCUGCUCUACUCUCAGCCCUCCAGCAUCGCCUUCCCCUUCCACGUCCUCCACCACCUCACAGAGUUCAGCAUUUUCCAGUGUGGCACAAGACCAAGGCGUGGCGACGAUGUUUGAGCUCUCUGUCCCAUUUCGGCAACAGCACUUCCUAUCUGGCCUGCUCCUCACCGAGCUGGCACUCAUACUUGAUCCCGAAGGAGAAGGAGUUUUUUUCCUUCAUAAAAAAGCUAUCAGCGCAGUUCACUCCCUGCUGUGCAGCCACGAUUCUGAUCCGCGCUACAGCGACCCUCAAGUCCGAGCCCACGUCGCUCAGCUGUACUUGCCCCUCCUCCCCAUCGUCACGGAGGCCCUGUAUCAGCUGCAUGACUUUUCAGACUCCGCGCCGUCUCGAGUCCGCCACGCCCACGCCGACAACGCUGACCUAGACGGUAGCAGCACUAUCAGUCAGUCUGUUGCCAUGGCGAUUGCCGGCUCCCCGUUGCCGCAUGCCAAGGUUAACCCAUUUGCAAUUCCCACAGUGGCUGGGCGCCAGGGCAGCUCUCUGUCAGCCGAGUGCAGCCGAACUCUGCUGGUGUGCUUCCUUUGGGUGCUGAAGAACGCCGAUUCCUCUCUCCUGGAGCGCUGGGUGUCAGAUCUAUCAGUGCAGCAAAUCAACCGCCUGUUGGAUCUGCUGCAUCUCUGCAUAUCCUGCUUUGAAUACAAGGGUAAGAAGGCUCUGGAGAGGAUCAACAGCUUGACGUUUAAGAAGUCUCAGGACAUGAAGGCCCGUCUGGAGGAGGCCAUUCUCGGUACCAUUGGCGCUCGUCAGGAGAUGGUGCGCCGUUGCCGAGAGAGGAGUCCCUAUGGCAGCCAGGAGAAUGUGAGGUGGAGAAAGAACGUCACUCACUGGAGACAAAACAUAGACAGGAUCGACAAGACUAAGGCUGAAGUGGAGCAGGAGUCUGUAGUAGAUGGAAACCUUUCUACGGAGGCGUCUCUGGUAGUAUUGGAUACACUGGAGAUAGUAGUCAAGACUGUGGUGGCAUCGGAGCUGAAGGAAAGCGUGCUAGGCGGCGUGCUCAGAGUUCUUCUCCACAGCAUGGCAGGCAACCAGAGCGCCCUCUUCCUGCAGCACUGCUUCACGACACAGAGAGCUCUUGUCUUUAAGUUCCCAGAGAUGCUGUUUGAAGAGGACACUGAGCUUUGUGCCGACCUGUGCCUUCGUCUGCUGCGCCACUGCAGCAGUAGCAUCGCCUCUGUCAGAAGUCACGCCUCAGCCUCGCUUUACCUGCUCAUGAGGCAAAACUUUGAGAUCGGAAAUAAUUUUGCCCGAGUAAAGAUGCAGGUCACAAUGUCUCUGUCCUCGUUGGUGGGAACCUCACAGACCUUUAAUGAGGAACAUCUCCGCCGGUCUCUCAAGACCAUCCUGACAUACGCCGAGGAGGAUGUGGAGCUGCGUGACACCCCCUUCCCAGAGCAGGUUCAGGAUCUAGUGUUCAACCUGCACAUGAUACUCACAGACACUGUGAAGAUGAAGGAGCAUCAGCAGGAUCCUGAAAUGCUCAUUGACCUAAUGUACAGGAUUGCAAAGGGCUACCAAAACUCCCCAGACCUCCGCCUCACGUGGCUUCAGAACAUGGCGGGCAAGCACUCUGAGAGGGGAAACCACGCAGAGGCGGCCCACUGUCUUGUACACAGCGCUGCGUUGGUGGCGGAAUACCUCAACAUGUUGGAGGAUUGCCGUUACCUGCCUAUUGGCUGUGUCACCUUUCAAAAUAUUUCCUCUAACGUGCUGGAGGAGUCAGCCGUAUCAGAUGAUGUCCUAUCACCAGAGGAGGAGGGUAUUUGUGCUGGAAAAUACUUCAGUGAAUCCGGCCUGGUGGGCCUCCUGGAGCAAGCAGCUGCCUCUUUUAACAUGGCCGCCAUGUACGAGGCCAUAAAUGAAGUGUACAAGAUCCUUCUGCCCAUCCAUGAAGCCAAUCGAGACUUCAAAAAGCUGGCUACGGUACACGGGAAGCUGCAGGAUGCCUUCAACAAAGUCUACAACCAAAGUUCAGGAUGGGAGCGAAUGUUUGGCACCUACUUCCGGGUGGGUUUCUAUGGCUCUCGAUUUGGGGACCUGGAUGAGCAGGAAUUUGUCUACAAAGAGCCCUCAAUUACGAAGCUGGCUGAGAUCUCCCAUAGACUUGAGGAGUUCUACUCAGAGAGGUAUGGGGACGAAGUGGUUGAAAUAAUCAAAGACUCCAACCCAGUGGACAAAAACAAACUGGAUGCCAACAAGGCCUAUCUCCAGAUCACCUACGUCGAGCCUUUCUUCGACACCUACGAGCUGAAGGAAAGAAUCACUUACUUUGACAAGAACUACAACCUGCGCACUUUCAUGUACUGCACGCCCUUUACACUGGACGGCCGUGCCCACGGAGACCUGCAUGAGCAGUACAAGCGCAAAACCAUCCUGACAGCGUCGCAUGCGUUCCCGUACAUCAAGACACGCGUCAACGUCGCUCACAAAGAGGAGAUCAUCCUGGUGCCCAUCGAGGUUGCAAUUGAGGACAUGCAGAAGAAGACGCAGGAGCUCGCCUUCGCCACGAACCAGGACCCGGCUGACUCCAAGAUGCUGCAGAUGGUGCUGCAGGGCUGCGUGGGCACCACCGUCAACCAGGGCCCCCUGGAGGUGGCUCAGGUCUUUCUCACCGACAUCCCCGAUGACCCCAAACUUUUUCGCCAUCACAACAAAUUGCGGCUAUGCUUUAAAGACUUUGCAAAGAGGUGCGAGGAUGCCCUGAGAAAGAACAAGGCUCUGAUUGGGCCCGAUCAGAGGGAGUACCACAGAGAGCUGGAGAGGAACUACAAUAAACUCAAAGAAGCGCUGGGUCCUCUCAUCAACCGCAAGAUCCCGCAGCUGUACAGGACCCUGUCGAUUCCGGCUACACAAACACAGCGGAACUCCUACAAUCGCUCCAGCCUCCGAAGAGUCGAGGGCUGAGGCCAACCUGACGGCUUUGCCACCUGCCCUGCCCCAAUAGCAAUUGUCGAUAUUUUACAACACACACUGACAUCCUCUCGUGCUUUAAUCACCCGCCCCUCUCCUCAUUAUCAUCACUCACCCACACACACAGACAUCACUCGUAGCCUCCCCCACUCCCCUCGCCUCCACUUUCACACCUCAGCUGUUUAUACUGGAAGGUUAUCUGCACUGCAAACAUCUUUUUUUUUUUUUUAAGAGGCCCUGAGUGACUGCAGCCUUGUUAGCACACAUUAUGGGCCGGCACAGGGACAAAAAAAAAA